GCUCUUCUCAUGCACUCAUGGGAGCCGACACCAGGGGGUGCUGCUGCGAUCAUCAACCACCCUCCAAAUGGCCAGUGGUUUGGAGGCUGCCCAGUGGCAGGAGCCAAACACCCAUUGACUUUUCUCCUUCUGCCUUUUGGGGCUUACCGAAAAUCUCCCUUUCAAACUGAGAACAAAGCAUUAACCUUAAAGUCCAGGUAUAUUCCAACACACCAAGAAGCUGUUCCUGAGCGAUCAGGCCGGACGGGCGCAGGCUCUGGAGUUCCUGCGCCGGAAUGUCGCCAACUCCAUCUCUAUGGCCAACCUGGUGAUGGGCCUCUCAUCUGUCCUUUGCAGUCUGAAUGGACAAUAUAAUUAUGCAUGCUGGCUGGUCCUGAUCGGAUUUCUGCUUGACCUUGCGGACGGCGCCGUUGCCAGGCAGCUGAAUGCUUGUUCUGCGCUGGGUGCCAAGCUGGAUGAUUUUGCUGAUUUCACUUCAUUUGGGCUGGCCACCGCCCUUCUCCUGCAAGCACACGGGAUCCUCGACGGGCUUCUGGUGAUCGUGUACGUCUUGGCUGUGUUCACGCGCCUGUGUUUCUUCUCUAGUGGGAUGCCGUUCAUGUACCGGGGUCUGCCCUGCCCGUACGGAGCAUCUGUGCUGGCAGCCACCUACCUCUUGACGGGAGGCAACCUGCUGGUGAUGCGCAUCAUCGCCAUGGUGAUGAUCCUGUUCAUGGUAGACCAGGGCUUCUACCCUCACGACAAAGUGCUGGAGUCUCAGCCCUGGAAGAAGGCCGUCUUCGCAGGAGGGAUCUUGAUGGUGAUGUUCUCUGCCACCUACUUUGCCUCGCUAUACUACCUGCUUUGGUCUUCGUCGUAUAUCUUCUUCCCAACUGCUCUGUGGAGCCACAGAGUCUAACCUUGUUUGUGUGGCGUCAUGCGUGGACGGACAGCAGCUUUCCCACCUCACUGUGGGGCACGUGCCCAGUGGGGCCACCACCUGCAGGACCCUAAAGACCAGCCUACCCAUCGUUAAUAUCCACGCAUUGCUUAAAAACUUCCUGGAAACGUUUCCACUGUCCUGACUAGGAACAGAACAGCUGUGAGGUCUCUGCCGUGGGGGAGAUUUCUGCCCGGCAAAGGCUGGGCGUCUGGGGAGCACAGUGGGUGAUCUUGCUAACACUCCCAAGCCCCACUUUUGGUGUAGAUAUGAAUAUACAGAUUAUUUACAUAUGUAUAUAUAAAAAGAAAAAGAUUUACAAUGAGUUCAGUUUUUUUAGAUUUCUAUUUUUUUAGUCCACAAUUUUAUUCACGGGUGGUUUUUAAAGAACUUGGCUUCCAAAUCUUAUCACUGGCUUACUUUUUCAACAAAUCCAAGCAUAGGUCCCUGCAGCCUCACCACAAAGUCGUCUUUAAAGAGAGCAUCUGGAUUUUCAAUGUACAAACUAGCUGGAUUUGAAAACUUAAAAGUUGAGAGGGCUGAUGAAACACCGCAGGAUCACUGCUUUUGUGUGGGGUGAAAGCUGGCCCUUAGGGGAAGGGGUGGCGAUAAAUCUCUUUACCUCCUGAAAGGCUUGGCGGUCAAAAAUAAAUUGAACCCAUCAAAUUAACCUGUAUGGAUCCUAGAUUUGCCAUUCUAAGAUUGGGUGUAUCAAAUACUUCUGCCAGGGAGCAUUGUCAAUGUUUUUGUUUUAUUGAAAUAUUUGGAAAACUUAUUUCCUGCCCGCAUCCCCCAGGAGAUAAUAAUGGAAAGGGAGAUGAUUUGUGUUACUAGAAAUGUACGUUUGAAAUGAAUUCUUUUGUUUUGGCAUUUUUAAAAAAAUAAAUCUGAAAAACACUG